CCCUCCUCAGUUCAGUGCCUCUGGGCCCCCUAAGUGCCACGGGUACACGUGCCCGAGCUGCCCAUCAUCCAGGUGGGUUUUUUUUUUUGUGACCGUGUCGUUUGAACUGGCGGAGAGAGAGAUAAGCGCAAUCCGUCAGUGCCGCCGCCCAGCGAGCCAUUUUGUGCCCUCCACCGCGACCCGCACCGCCGAAAAAUAUCGAUAUAUCUGAUCGGGAUCUUACCGGAGUGUCGUGCUACGAUGGGACCCAUCAAGAGCGAGAAGUCUAUGGAUAUGCUGCCCACUCUACCCUACCCUGACCCCGCUCUUGCAGCCAUGGACCCACAGAUACAGCAGUACGGGGAGGUCAACCAGCUAGGCGGAGUCUUCGUCAACGGCCGGCCACUGCCCAACCACAUCCGCAUGCGCAUCAUCGAGCUGGCUCAGCUGGGCAUCCGACCGUGUGACAUCUCCCGCCAACUGAGAGUCUCCCACGGCUGCGUCUCCAAGAUCCUCGCCAGGUACAACGAGACGGGUUCCAUCCUCCCGGGAGCCAUCGGGGGUUCGAAGCCCCGGGUGACGACGCCGAAGGUGGUGAGCUACAUCAAGGACCUCAAGCAGAAAGACCCGGGAAUCUUCGCCUGGGAGAUCAGAGAGCGGCUCCUCAAGGAUGGUGUUUGUGACAAGUACAACGUUCCCAGCGUCUCCUCUAUAUCCAGGAUUCUGCGCAACAAGAUUGGAUCGUUGCAUCACCUUGGAGGUCAGAGCCACUACGAGGUCAAGCACCCGGCCUCCUCGCUCUACAACACACUGUAUCCGGCCGCCGCAGCUUACUCAGCCGCUGCCGCAGCUUACUCCUCGAUGCCUGCGGCGAUGCAGCAGGUGUCGCAAGCAGCCGCUCCUGUGGGCCCCGCCUCGAGUGUGUCGUCGGCGGGUAAAGCCUCCAGCACGCCGUCGCCGCCGAUGGGAGGGGCGACGUGCAGCAUGGGGGGGAUGCGGCCCCACUGGCCUUCCUCCCACACAGUGUCCGACCUGCUCGGACACGUCAACAUGGCCGGCCUGCCUAGGCACCCCCACAUGCAGGACGCCAACAAUUACAACUACUACAUGUACCUGCAGUCGUGCGGGCCCCAGACCAACACCCUCCCCCACAACCCCCUCCCUAAUCACCUCUCCUCCUCCCUCGCUAAUGGCUUCUCCAGUCCCCUCGGCAACCCGCUCUCCAAUGGCCUUACCAACGGGUUACAGAACAGCUUUGGCAAUCCCCUGACUUCCAUGAUGGGCGGCUCGGGGCUCACACCUCAAACAGCAACACUUUAACCCACGCCCACGCCACGCCCACACCGUGCCUCUGAUAGAUCCUCGUUCUCCCUGGCUAUUGUGGAAAGGAAAACGUCACAUAAGAACUAACUAUUCACGGGGGGACUGCAUUUGUUUCUACUGUAAAUGUUAAUUUAGCUUCGUUGCCCUUCCCUCGUGUGAGUGUGGGCAACCCCUACACUUCAAGUGUCACGCUCAGUGUCUGUGGGCAGUGUGCAGUGUUAGAGUGCUCCCUGAGGCACCCCUGGAACACCUCUGAGGCACCCCUGGGGACACCCUCCAUGGGACAUCCUCUACCUUAUAAUAUAUUUUCAUGUGCCACCAUUAACUCCAGUAACACCUACCUCUACUUGUGUGUGUUCCAUGUACACCAGGUGUAGCUCCGGGUGUUCCAUACACACCUGCACGGUGUACGUGUGGUGUAUACACACCUGCACGGUGUACGUGUGGUCCAUACACACCUGGCGUGUGUCUGUGUGUGUGUGUGUGUCACUUUUCUGUGCGGACUACCACUUUCCGCUGGCAGGUUUGGUGAGACAAGCCUAGUACAAGCGGGGGGCAGUGGUUGAGAGCAGGGAGUAGCUCGCCCGAGCGCCUUGGUCAGCAGGGAGUAGCUCGCCCGAGCGCCUUGGUCAGCAGGGAGCAGCUCGCCCGAGCGCCUUGGUCAGCAGGGAGUAGCUCGCCCGAGCGCCUUGGUCAGCAGGGAGCAGCUCGCCCGAGCGCCUUGGUCAGCAGGGAGCAGCUCGCCCGAGCGCCUUGGUCAGCAGGGAGCAGCUCGCCCGAGCGCCUUGGUCAGCAGGGAGCAGCUCGCCCGAGCGCCUUGGUCAGCAGGGAGCAGCUCGCCCGAGCGCCUUGGUCAGCAGGGAGCAGCUCGCCCGAGCGCCUUGGUCAGCAGGGAGCAGCUCGCCCAAGCGCCUUGGUCAGCAGGGAGCAGCUCGCCCGAGCGCCUUGGUCAGCAGGGAGCAGCUCGCCCGAGCGCCUUGGUCAGCAGGGAGCAGCUCGCCCGAGCGCCUUGGUCAGCAGGGAGGCCGUUCAGGUCACCUCCAGGUGGUAACCUCAAGGUUCAAAUGUCAUGUAAAGUUAUUUCGAUAUUAAAAUAUUUCAUGUGGCAUAACCUUAACUUAAACGUUCCUUCGCCGUGUUAUGCGGCUCAGGCAGCCAGUGUGUCAUACAGCCAGUGUGUCAUACAGCCAGUGUGUCAUACAGCCAGUGUCAUACAGCCAGUGUGUCAUACAGCCAGUGUGUCAUACAGCCAGUGUGUCAUACAGCCAGUGUGUCAUACAGCCAGUGUGCAUAUAGCCAGUAUGUCAUACAGCCAGUAUGUCAUACAGCCAGUGUCAUACAGCCAGUAUAUCAUACAGCCAGUGUGUCAUACAGGGAAGGACACCGUCCACCUAAACUUAAUUUUUGUCAUACACCUGUUGACGUGUUUUGUUAAUUAUAAUUGUUAGUGUACCCCAACACCUGCAGGGGCACACCUGUCUUGUUUAAGUGUACCCCAACACCUGCAGGGGCACACCUGUCUUGUUUAAAUGUACCCCAACACCUGCAGGGGCACACCUGCCUUGUUUAAGUGUACCCCAACACCUGCUGGGGCACACCUGCCAUGUUUAAGUGUACCCAACACCUGCUGGGGCACACCUGCCUUGUUUAAGUGUACCCCAACACCUGCUGGGACGCACCUGCCUUGUUUAAGUAAGCUUUGAUGUAAAUUUAGCUUUGAGUAUCUAUGUAAGUACCUCCCCGUGCCUUGUGUUGAUUUGUUUACUCAUGUUGGUUAUCUGUCGUCUUGUGAUACAUGGUCAUGUAUCACUGAGGAUACAUGCUCCAAUGUGUCACUGAGAACACAUAUAUUAAUGUGUAACUGAGGAUACAUGUAGUAAUGUGUAACUAAGAGUAUAUGGGUGGCCAGCUGGGAGCCCAGCAGUCGUCAAAAUGUUUCCUGGACAAACGUUCAGUAAAACGUUUCCCCCGGCCAGGCUGUGUCUGCCAAGAUAUGCUGGAGAAACGUUCCGUCAAUGUAACGUCACUAUUCGUUCAACGUCGUUUGACAAACGUUGCUCUUG